AGCAUUAGCUAAGGUCCGCCGCGGCGACCACUUCCAAACACAACCUCGUCAGCAUGACAGUAGGGCCCGAAGACAUCGAUGCGUCGCGGCCGUACACGUGUGAAGUCAACGUGGACGACGUCCGCAUCCUGCAGAAGGCCGAGUACGAAGUGAGCGUCAAAUGCACGUACUUUUCGGAAUCCAGGCGCAGCAAGUGCACCGCGACGUGGAGUGUGUGGCGGUCGUUUUCGGCGUUUCGGCUGUUGGACGCGCAGCUUCGGAAGCGCAGUCCCAAGCACAUGAAGGGGAUCAAGUUCCCGCCGCUCCAUCGACAGCGGACGCUGUUCCGGACGCAUUUGGAAGCGGCGUUUCUCGAAGCGCGGCGCGCCGAACUCGACACGUACAUGAGCAUGGUCACGUCUGCGCCGGCGUUUGUCACUUUCCACAUCACGUCCAUCGAAGCGCAGUCGCUCAAGUCAUUCGUGGCGUAUUCGAGCGGGUUUGGACAGAACGUCACCCACGUGCCAACGUCCGCAGACGCGAUCGGCGCCAGCCGCAACAGCACGUUCGUAGAGAGGCCGCGACCGCAGAUGACGUCACAGAGCUUGACGGCCAACUACCGGUGGUCCGGCACGGGAUUCCUUGGGGGUCAGCAGUUGAAGACAGGGAAUGCGUGCUUGUCCAUGCGCCAUAACAGCACGAAUGGCGGGUUCGUUCAUGUCGCCCCGCAGCAAUUCAACCAGAGUUUCAAAGAGCGUCAAACGUUUGCCCAGAACUCGAGCGAAAGCAACAGCAUUAAAAGCAACGCUGCCAGUUUAUCACGGCAGUCGGUGCCGCCGCACGCUGUGCUCGAUGGGACCGACGCGGCCAUGUCCUCGUCCAGGUUGAUGGCCGUGACCGUGCCCGAGGUAGCCGACCCCGAAGUCGAACGCGAACGCGGCAAGAUGGAAUUGGAGCUGCGUUCGGCGGGGCUGCAGGGCGUGGGGAUGCCGCCCGACGGGUCGUGUCUGCUCCAUUGCCUCGUGUACGAACUGUUCCCAUUGAAGUGGGAUUGCUUUAAGACAUAUCCUGCGGCGAUGAGCAUGGUCAACGUCGGAUCUGCCGAUGGGAUUGCGCCGCGGCGGAUGCAAGCCGCGGCGCAGCUGCGAACAGACCUGGCGGCAUUUGCACUUGCCAACAUCGACGCCCUGGGCACAUUCCUCAUGACGUCGUCCGAGGACUUGACCAACCGGUACACGACAUUUGGGAACGUUCCCGACGAACAAGCUACCGUGGCCGAACUCUAUGCCGCCGCGACCAUGCUGGAUCUGGAGAUUGUGCUCGUGACGAACGACCCAGCCUUCCACAUCGACCCCGUGGUACCCGUCGACGGCAUCCCGAGCAUCCGCGGCGGCGGAGACACCCGCCGCACGAUUGUGCUGGGAUACAUGCCGCCCACGCCAAAGAUGGGAGGCCACUACCUGUGCACGAGGGAAAUUUCCUACUCGAAUUCGUUUGCGUCGGGGUACUUUGCAGGCAAGAUGUCAAGUCUGUCGUCGAGAGGCAGCGUGCGCCACAGCAGUGUCGCGGCUCAUGUCGGGAUCGUCGCAUGAGGACGUGAUACAAUCAAUAGAUAUAUUACAGUAGUUCUCAUAUUGGAACUUGCAUCUGGCCGUCGGUUCCAUAGACAACCUAACACAUGUAUACUUACCAUGGAUGCAUUCGA